AUGAUGAUGUCAGACAUCGCUAAAGACAGAACCGCUCACUUGCUGAAGAAGAGGGGCAGUGUGUCUUCCCUAAGUAGUCAUGAGUUCCGUCGGAAGGAACCUCCUGGGCGUACCAAAGACUCUAUGAGUACAGUGUCCUAUAUGGAUGAACCUUGCCAGCCUGAAGAUGCCUCUCGCCUCACAGUUCACAUGGAAAACACUUAUCAAAUGGGUCCUACCCAACAUUUUCCUGUGGUCAUUGUCAAUCAUAUUCUGAAAGAUGUGCUAACUACCUACCUACAAGAAGAACAGUAUGAACCAGAACUCUGUAGACAGAUGACUAAAACCAUUUCUGAGGUUAUUAAGGCCCAGGUCAAGGACUUGAUGAUCCCACGAUAUAAGCUAAUUGUGAUCGUUCACAUUGGACAACUGACUGGUCAGAGCAUACUGAUUGGAAGCAGAUGCCUUUGGGAUCCUAAAAAUGAUGCCUUUGCAUCUUUCGUUUUCAGAAAUUCUUCCCUCUUUGCUCUUGCAAAUGUCUACACAGUUUACUUUGAAUGA